UUCUAACUGAACAUUAUUUGGUUCCUUUUAGUCAUAAUUUAUACUAUUAGCUGUGAGGAUGUGGUUCCAUAAAAUAUUACUGUUUUCUGUGUUCGUCUGUGUUUUGACACAAGAGGAAUCAGACGAAGUGGCAACAGAUUUCGCGCUGGCAUUGGCUCCAUUGGGAGAGAAGAAGAUGAGUGAGAACAUACUGCUUAUAUUGGAUCACUUUAAGCAAGCUGACCCGGUCGGGUUGCCAGGCGACGUGAUCCCGGAUCCAUGCCCCGUGGCUGAUAUGAAGCAGUCCUUGUCAGUGGGCACGCUGUACCUGACGAAUACGUCAGUUUAUGGAAUCAGCAAGCUUCGCAUCUUGCAUGUGAACGCGGAAAUUGAAGAUUUGGCGGUGGAAGCAUCAUUCAGCAUAGAUGUCCUACAGGGCCGAGGCAACUACUCGAUAUCUUCAUGGUUCGGAUCGUCCAAGGGACCGUUCACCGUCGACAUACACGGCUUACAUGUAGUCACUCAGGCCAAUGUCGGCGUGGAACGCGACGGAAAACUUCGAGCACAGAACAUCGCCUUAGCUCCCAGUUUCAACACUAUCUCCAUGAACUUCGAAAACCUGGGCUUCCUCGGAGGAAUGCUGCAGAGUUUCAUCAACACUGGGGGAGCUGCCCUCUUUGAUUCCAGUUUACCAACGAUCCUCAAGGAAGUCUAUCCUAAGAUCAGGGCUGAAAUCAACACCAAACUGGAGGAAGUAGCGGGUGAUUUGCAGUUUCCUAAUUCAAUUUCUCCUUUAGACAUGGUCCUUAUUGAUGUCAGACAUAGAGUGAGUGAUAUGAAGCUGGAUCCGUACAGGGUUAAGGAUUACAACACUACCAUGAGCGUAUUCACAAUCUCCUUGUUAAAUACCUGGAUUCUAGGAGUAUCGUCCUUCCAGAGAGAGGGUAAUAUUACUUUGAGGUUGGAAAACAAUACGGCUGUGGCUGAUUUUGAAAUUGGUACACAGAAGCUCGAAGGUAGGACUCAGUGGGAUAUCUCAGCCAUAGGUGGUAUGGUGUCUAAGGCAGGCGCUGCAGCAUUCUCAGUAGAAUACAUAAGUGCCAGAAUAAUCCUUGCACAACCGCUUGAUACGAGAAAAACUCCUGUGUUCAGGGAUAUAGACUUUGAUAUUGGGAACAUCCAAGUUCGGAUGGAUGGGGCUGGCACCAUAGACUACGUCGUCGAAUUUUUAGUUAAUGUAAUCCCCAAUUUAUUGAGGUAUCAGAUCAUGGAUGCUUUGGAGGGACCUCUUAAAGAGAGAAUACAGCAAGAAUUAAACAAAUUGAAUGUAGAUGAGCUGAUUAAGGAGGAAUUGCCUAAAAUAGAUGAAGUUCAGGCGUCUGGGUUCAAACUGUCAGCUCUCAGAGGCCCAGUGGUAGUCAAUACAACGUAUGAUGAAGAUGAUUUCUUUAAUUUUUAAUCAGUGUUUGCUUAGAUUAUGUAUCAUUAUGUAUAAUGUAUUUAAAUAGAUGUUAAUUGCGAUGAUUGUAUUACUAUGUAUUUUCUGUGUACUUAAUUAAGUAUUCAGUGACACAUCAAAAAUGAAUUUUGUUUUACCUACGUAGCCUACCGGGUGCCUACUUAAUAUUAUAUUCCUUUGUUUUAAUAUUGAAUCAUCAAUUUGUUGUGAAGGAUUUUUAAAUAGAAUUAUAUUUAAUCAAUUAGUUA